AUGCCGGACGAUUCCUUUGUGAUUGAUCAUAAGUUAUUGUACAAUGAUUUGGUUGGACUGAUUUGUGAAAGAGUGGGGUGGAAUAGAAAGAAUGUGAAUUUGAGUCUAUCGAUUUUGUAUGAUACGAUGCGCAAUGGUUUUAGGCGUAUCGCCAAAAUCAAGGACGACGCAUCGUUGCAAGUGUUGUAUUUCCUCCCAAGUUCGACAUAUAUUGAUUUGUAUGUAGAUUUGGAGGUGGCGGGUACUUCUAGGUCCCAUUUGGAAGUAGGGACAAGUAGUGGUAGGCCGAAUGUGGAGAAUGUCGAUUACAUGGAAGAUGAUGAUGUGGGUGGAUCGUUUAUGGAGGAUGGCGAUCACAUGGAAUAUGAUCACGGUGAAGAUGAUGAGGACUACACAUCGAUAAGUGAUCAAAGCGAUGAAAACCAAUCAAUAUCCGAAGGAAGUCGGGAGAGUGAUGAAGAGGUCGAAGACAAAUUCGCCACAAAGGAUAGGCACAUAUAUCGUUCACAGGGUACAUGGGAUCAUACAAAAGUGGACAAGGAUGAUUUUCAACUUACCAUGUGGGAUGGGACAACCGCAACAAUUGGGAUAGGGACUUGUUUCAAGAAUAAGGAAGAAGCAAAAAAUGGUAUUGCAGCGUGGAACAUAGAGCAAAAGAGAGAGUUUUAUGUGAAGGAAAGUGAUGGUUCAACAUGGUCUAUUUGGUGCAAAUCCCUAAAAGAGUCAACCCCUAAGGGUUAUGAUCCUUGCCGUUGGAAGGUACGUGCCUCCUUGAGAGACCACGGUUUGUGGGAGAUUGUGAAAUGGGUGCCCGAGCACAAUUGUAUGAAUGUCACCGAGGAUAACAAUAAUCGGAAUGUGAGCGCAACGCUUAUUGCGCAUCUCAUAAGGCAUAAGGUUGAGUUGGACCCAGAUUAUGAAGUGAAGGUAGUUCAGGAAGAAGUGAAAGACCGUAUGCAUUUCGAUGUUCCUUACCACAGGGCAUGGGAGGGAAGGAGAAAAGCUAUCGAUCUUGUUUACGGCGACUGGGUUUCCAAUUUUGACAUACUUCCAAGGGAUCAGUUAUCUAGCCUAAGGGAUGGGGAUUUUCUAUGGACUCCAUACACUCCCUUCAUCGACGAUCUCCCUGAUUUCUGUAAAGACGGGGUUAAUUUCUACCUCUGUAGGACGUGGAUCGUUUGUUGGGCCAUCAGAGAACCAUACGAGCCCAAUCGGGUCCUUCGUCAAUUUCAAUGCGUCCAAACUGUGCCAGAGUACCCGUUAAUCAAUGACAUUGAUCGCUCGAAUGCGAUACACCACGGAUGCCUUGGGACUGGAAAGGCAUAUGAUGAUUGGGUGCAAAAACACACUGAGUCUUCAAAUCUCAGCGACAUAUAUCAUCUCGCUGAUGCAGCCUUACGGGAAAAUCCAAGUCUCGGUGGUAGUCUGGAGGAUAAACUCUUCCAAAUCUUCGAAAAGAGUUUCAGUGCCCUGACUUUGGGCCCACGUGAUAUGAGCACUCAGUCCGAUACUCAAGUUCUUCAGAAAAGACCCCCUGAGUCAAGUCAAAAUGUGGUACUCACGCAGAAAACAACAUCGAAGGCUACUGGAGGAGGAAGGAGGAAGCGACCGGGAAUUUCAGAUCGAACAAUCAUAGUUCAUCCUAAUCCAACUCCGAUGCAAGAAGAUGAUGAAAAUGAUGAAGGCAAUGAAAGCGAUGAGGAUUACUAUAUUAGGGGCGAAGAAGAAGAAGAAGAAGAAGAAGAAGAAGAGUCCUCUCCACCUUGUGUUUCUUCCCAAAAGAAAAAGAAAACGGUCGAGGUUCGCAAGAGUGAUAGGGUUAGUAAACCGGCCAAGAAGUAUACUCCCGGCGAUGGGGCAAGAAGGAAGAAAAGGUCGUCAAAGAUGGAUAAUUCAAACAACAAGACAGAAUCUGAAAAGUCACUAUCCCUUUUAUCGGUAAUGACAUCUUUUGGAACUUUUGAAGCCUUUAAGAAAGAUAUUGAAUCUGUGGAUGGCAUCAACCAUGUUGGGGAGAAAGGUUGUUUUUAUGUCAUACAAUCUGAUGGUCCUCUGGCGGCGGAUGGCCAAAUUCCUGCUGUAGAGUUUAAAUAUGCUCACUGUGACACUAAGAACGUUGCAGCAUUGCCCAGAUUUAAAGUUCAGGCGGCUGUUGUUGAUUUAACUAUAAUUAUGAUCGUAACAAUUUUUUAUAAAGAUAUGUUUUGUCUAAUUGGAAAAAGUGUCUACCAAUUGAGGAAGAAGUAUGGGAACACAGAUGAAUUCCCACCUGAAAUAAUGAGUUUGGUUGGCAAAACCAUGAUAUUCAGGGUUUCUGUCAACAAGUUCAAUGUGGGAACCACCUCUUCCAGUAAUGGAGUUGUCAUAGACUCUGAACUGGUUCCAGAAAUGAAGAAUAUUCCACCUGUCCAGAGCAAGAUUGUUGAUGAUGAAGAAGAUAACUCAUCCACCAAGAAAAAGGUGGUCAAUGACGAAGAAGAUGUUACACCAGACAAGAAAGAAGUGGUCAAUGUUCCUGCAGAUAGUCCACAUGCUAUUGCUAAUAUAAACGACAUUGCUAUUGAAGAAUCUGGAGAAGGAAGUGUUAAGUCGACUUUGCCAAAGAGGAAGAUUGUUAUAAAGACAGAGAAAGUGUUCAAGAGAAAGUGA